AUGGCUUCGUCUGCUAUUUCACUUUGCUCUCCAUCACUCACGAGCUCACGCGCCGCGGUUCUUCACCAAUCCCAGCAGCUGAACCCUAAUAGACUCUCAUUUCCAAUCAACUCCAACACCGUUAAAAGAGCACCGAAUCUCGCCGUUCAACACGCGCCUCUCCCUCUCAAGGUUCUGUGCGGUCGCGGAAACCGGGGUGCGACGACAAAAAAAUCUCCCACUUCUGAUCCAGUUUAUCAAAACCGAUUAGUUAACAUGUUUGUCAACCGAAUCCUGAAAAGGGGAAAAAAGUCACUGGCUUAUCAAAUCAUAUACCGAGCUUUGAAAAAGAUUCAGCAAAAGACAGAAUCAAAUCCAUUAGCUGUUUUACGUGCGGCAGUGCAAGGAGUAACUCCUGAUGUAUCAGUAAAAUCAAGACGUGUGGGUGGAUCUACCCAUCAAGUUCCUGUUGAAGUAGGAACAUUACAAGGAAAAGCACUUGCUAUUCGUUGGUUGUUGGAGGCAUCCCGAAAACGGCAAGGUCGAAGUAUGGUUCUCAAAUUGAGUUCCGAAGUUAUGGAUGCUGCCAAAGGGAAUGGUGAAGCUAUACGGAAAAAGGAAACCACCCAUAAAAUGGCAGAGGCUAAUAGAGCCUUUGUGGUCUAUGGUGAAGAUUUGAUGCUUGCUCCACAAACUUAUUGUGUUUUAGACAAGCUUUGUUGGCCUACAACUGUUACUCAGGCCUCUUGGGAGAAGUCGAUUUUGAAAAGUGAUAUCCCUGUUCUUGUUGAAUUCUAUGCAAGUUGGUGUGGGCCUUGCAGGAUGGUUCAUCGAGUGAUUGAUGAGAUUGCGACAGAGUAUGAUGGGAAACUCAAAUGCUUUGUGCUUAACACAGACAGUGACCUGCAAAUAGCUGAGGACUAUGAAAUUAAGGCAGUACCAGUUGUUCUCCUUUUCAAGAAUGGAGAGAAGCAAGAGGCGGUGGUUGGUACCAUGCCAAAGGAAUUCUAUAUUGCCGCAAUUGAGAGGGUUAUGCAGUCGUAA